CAUGCAUUUUACGUUCGGCGUGGUCCUACACACUUACCAGUUUUCGUCCAAACUCACAGAAACGUCAACAUUUGUAUUUCGUUACGUAAAUGGCUAAUUACACCACUCAUAUUUAACCAAAAUAUUUCCUACAUUCGAUACAGAUUUAUAUUCGCUAAAUAAUGGCAAACAAGGACAGAAACAAAACGAUUUUGCUGGAAUUGGGGAAACUGCCAGAAAACAACCAAUGCGCAGACUGUAGCGCGCCGGAUCCUGACUGGGCGUCCUAUAAGCUAGGUGUAUUUGUGUGUCUGAACUGCUCUGGAGUGCACCGCAACCUGUCCAACAUCAGCCGCGUUAAAUCCAUACGGCUCGACUUCUGGGAUGACGAGCUAGUGAAGUUCAUGAAAACCAAUGGAAAUGCCACAGGCAGAGCCAUCUAUGAGAAAGCAGUCCCAGCAUUCUACUACCGGCCCCAGCAAGAAGACUGUGCCGUCUUAAGGGAGCAGUGGAUAAGAGCAAAAUAUGAGAGGAUGGAAUUUACCGGCGAGACAAAGUAUCCCCCACUGGCCUACACGACAGGUUUCUAUGAAGGGAUGCUGUGGAAGAAGGGGAAGGAGAAGGGACAGUUUCAGAGAAGGAAGUUUGUUCUGUCUGAGAAGGAAUUCACCCUGGCUUACUUCAACAAGGAGGAUCCGUCCAAAGGGCCCAAAGCGCUCAUCUCCAUCAAAGACGUGAAUGUGACCUUUCAACCUGAGAAAAUUGGUCACGCCCAUGGUCUGCAGAUUACCUACCAGAAAGACAGCCACACCAGAAGUAUUUUUGUCUACCACGAAAGUGGAGAGGAGAUUGUCAACUGGUUCAAUGCCAUUCGAGCUGCUCGCUUUGCCUACCUGAAAACAGCAUACCCCACAGGAAGUGAUAAAGAAUUGAGGACUAGAAUUACCAGAAACUACCUCAAAGAAGGAUACAUGGAGAAGACAGGUCCUAUGCAAAAGGAGACGUUCAAAAAGAGAUGGUUCAUCUUGGACUCCCAAGACAGGAAGCUCCUUUACUUCAAAAGCCAGCUGGAUGCUGAGGAGCUGGGAGUUGUGUUCAUCGGCACAGAGACCAAUGGUUACUCAGUGAGUGAGUGCAUUCCCAAAAGGACCAGAGGCAACCGGUGGAGGUGUGGAGUCACAGUGGACACGCCGGACCGCCAGUUUGUCUUCAUGUGUGAGCAGGAGAGGGAACAGAGAGAGUGGGUGGAGGCCCUCAGACAGGUCAUCUCUAAACCCAUGCAGCCCCAGGACUACACCAGUAAGAGUCAUGUCACCAGUAUUCACACCACAGGAGACUCCUGAGGGGAGGACGGCUCAUAAUAAUGGGCAGAACGGAGCGGAUGGAAUGGCAUCAAACACAUGGAAACCAUGUGUUUGAUGUAUUUGAUACCAUGCCACUGAUUCCGCUCCCGCCUAUUCCAGCCUAUUCCACGAGCCUGUCCUCCCAAAUGAAGGUGCCACCAACCCCCUGACACACACACACAUCCACACUAUGCACGUACUGUACAUAGUAUAUAUUCAUACACCACAUGGUGAAUAACCUAAUAUACGCUUUUCUGGCUUGUCUUGUUUCAGCUGAAGCCAACAUCCGAGGGAAGAGUUGACUUUCGAGAGAGAGCUGAGGGAAGAGUUGACUUUCGAGAGAGAGCUGACUUUCGAGACAGAGAUUCCACCAACAUUGGCUACAAAACCCACUCUGAAGACUCAUCUACACUGAACAAAAAUAUAAACACAACAUGCAACAAUUUCAAAGAUUUUACUGAGUUACAGUUUAAAUAAGGAAAUCAGUCUGUUGAAAUAAAUUAAUUCAGACCUAAUCUAUGGAUUUCACAACUGAGAAUACAAAUAUGCAUCUAUUGGUCACAGAUACAGAAAACCAGUUAGUAUCUGGUGUGACCACCAUUUGCCUCAUGCAGCGCGACACAUCCUCUUCGCAAGUUGAUCAGGCUGUUGAUUGUGGCAUGUGGAAUGUUGUCCCACUGCUUUUCAAAAGUUGGAUACUGGAGGGAACUGGAACACGCUGUCGAUCCAGAGCAAUCCCAAACAUGCUCAAUUAGUGACAUGGUUGGUGAGUAUGCAGGCCAUGGAAGAACUGGGAUUUUUUUUGAUUCCAGGAAUUGUGUACAGAUCCUUGCAACAUGAGGCCGUCCAUUAUCAUGCUGAAACUUAAGGUGAUGGCGGCUGAUGAAUGGCACGACAAUGGGCACAACAGGAUCUCGUCACGGAGUUUCUAUGGAGUCAAAUUGCCAUCGAUAAAAUGCAAUUGUGUUAAUUUUCCGUAGCUUCAUGCCUUCCCAAAUCAUAACCCCACCGCCACGAUGGGGCACUCUAUUCACAACGUUGAGCUUGCCUGAGACUUUUUCUUGCAAGUUUGUGCCGAAAUUCUUCAGUUUUGCAAACCCACAGUUUCAUCAGCUAUCUGGGUGGAUGGUCUCAGAUGAUCCCCCAGAUGAAAAGGCCGGAUGUGGUGGUCCUAAAAUUUGAGAGAAAUACAUUUUUUGGUGCAUCGGGAACAUUUCUGUGAUCUUUUAUUUCAGCUCAUGAAACAUGGGACCAACACUUUACAUGUUGUGUUUCUAUUUUUGUUCAGUAUAUAAGAAACAUUCAAUCCAGUGAUACUGGAAGUUAUCCCCCUUAGUGACAGCAGGCCUCUAAAUAUAUUACUUAUUGGAGGACAAUGUCUAGGACUGUGGGUUGUUUAUUUACAAUGCAGAUACAUGGUUCUACUGGAAUUAUUGAAAAAUGAAUUGGGGCAGUACUGUCUCACCACAAAUGAUGGACAAACUAGAUGACUUGCUCGGCAUGGAAGGUAAAAUUGUUAUUCUCAAACCUUACAUAUUAAAAUGGCAGAGUUGUGUGUCCCGUGUGCACUUGUUUUAUGUGUGAAACCAGGUCAAUUCUGUUGCUAUGAGAAAGUGGAAUAAUAUCUAAUACCAACUGUGAUUACUAAUAAAAACUUUGAUAAUAUAA